CGUCCUUGUCCCUGUACUUGCCCCUUCAGCGCUCAGUGAAACAUUGAAAUGUCAUCGUAUCUCAAGGUCGAGGGUACGAAGAUUGUCGAUGGGCAGGGUAAUGAGGUUAUCCUCAGAGGCGCGGGUCUCGGUGGCUGGAUGAACAUGGAGAACUUCAUCUCUGGUUAUCCGGGCUGUGAGUACCAGAUUCGUGAGGCGCUCGCGGAUGUGCUGGGCGAGAAAAAAAGCGAGUUUUUCUUUGACAAGUUCCUCGAGUACUUUUUCGAGGAGAAGGACGCUGCCUUCUUCCAGAGCCUCGGGCUGAACUGCAUUCGCCUGCCCUUCAACUACAGACACUUUGAAGAUGACAUGAACCCCCGCGUUCUAAAAAAAGAGGGCUUCAAGCACCUUGACCGUGUGAUUGACCUGUGCUCCAAGUACGGCAUCUACACCAUCCUCGACCUGCACACCGCGCCCGGCGGGCAGAACGUCGACUGGCACUCCGACUCGGGUGUACACAUCGCCAACUUUUGGAACCACAAGGACUUCCAGGACCGCACGCUCUGGCUCUGGUCCGAGCUCGCCGCGCACUACAAAGACAACAAGUGGAUCGCGGGCUACAACCCGCUCAACGAGCCCACAGACCCCAAGCACACGCGCGUCGUCGCGUUCUACGAGCGCAUGUACGCCGCGAUCCGCGCCGUCGACGCGGACCACGCGCUCUUCUUCGACGGCAACACCUUCGCGUCCGACUUUUCGCACUUUGGCGACGUGCACACCCGGUGGACGAACACCGCGUACUCGAUCCACGACUACUCCGUGUUCGGGUUCCCCGCGUCGCCCGAGCCGUACGCGAGCACGGACGCGCAGCAGGCGCGCAUGCGCAGGUCGUACGAGCGCAAGCGCGCGUGGAUGGACGAGCGCGGGCUGUGCGUGUGGAACGGCGAGUGGGGCCCUGUGUAUGCGCGCGUGCAGUUCGAAGGGGCCGCGACGGACGCGAUCAACGAGCAGCGGUACGCCGUCCUCAAGGACCAGCUCGACAUAUACAACAAGGACCGGCUGAGCUGGUCCAUCUGGCUAUACAAAGACAUCGGCUUCCAGGGCAUGGUCUACGUCAGCCUCAAAACGCCCUACAUGACCCUCCUCAAAGACUUCCUCGCCAAAAAACAGCGGCUCGCCGUCGACGCCUGGGGCACAGACGACUCCGCCGUCCGCCACAUCUACGCGCCGCUCAUCAAGCACCUCGAGGACGAGAUCCCCAAGGAGAACCAGCACAUGUACCCGUACCCGGUCUGGACGCUCGCCUCGCGCGUCGGCCGUCUCGCGCGCAGCCUCCUUGUCGGCGAGUACCUCGUCAAGGAGUGGGCCGAGGCGUUCCGCGGUAAGAGCGAGGCGGAGCUCGACGAGAUCGCGCAGAGCUUCAGGUUCGACAGCUGUCUGCACCGCGACGGGCUCAACAAGAUUCUGACGGCGAACGCGAACCUUGUCGGGAACUGAGGUGGCUAAACG